AUGGGCGUGAACCGCUUCGAAUGCCGAACCUGUCCCUACGAAUGGGCGCUAGAAAAGAAGUGGUACGACCGCACCGACAUGAAGCAGAAGGAAGUUGAAGAAGCGCUUGGUGGCAAGGAUGAGUGGAAGAAUGCGGACAGUGUGGCCACACAAUGCCCCAAGGAAGGCUGCAAUGGCGAGCGAGCAUACUUCUACCAACUGCAGAUUCGCAGUGCAGAUGAGCCGAUGACUACAUUCCUGCGGUGUGUGAAAUGUGCGACCCAGUGGAGAGAAAACUAA